AUGUCGAGCAACCAGGCCUCCAGCAGCUCCAACACCACAAACCAAUCUCAACAGCCCAACCCGCCGCCCAACGUCGACGCUAUCGCCGACGCCCUCGCCAAGUUCAGCAUCUCAGCGGCCGAUCCACCCAACCAGGACCAACUCGCCACACUCCUGCAGCGCUCACAUACCUUCCUCGAAGGCCUCAUAGCUGUCAACCUGUUCCAGGACUUCUUUCACAUCGCCGGAGAGUACUUUUAUGGCCAUCUCCAGAAGCCAGAUGUCUUUCACCGGAUCAUCCGUGGACUCGCCAGCGAGGGCCAUGAGGCUCUUGUGGAUCAGUUCUUGUUUUUCAUACCGGCGGAUUGGGAAGUCAAAAAUGAGCGUACGAACACGGGGGAGCGCGUCAUAUUUGUGAAGGCGCCGGGAGGGCAGUUCGUUGAAUUUGGAAGGCUUUAG